AUGGGCGUGCCAGAAGCUCCUGGCCCGAGCGAUGGGGCCAUACAACAUGACCCGGAGCAGGCCAGGAUAAAUCAAGAGACUCUCGAUUUGGAAAGAUUGGGAAGAGAGCGCCCAAAGUGCUUCCAUGGCCCUUGGUCAGAGAUUUCUUUUUGUCUCUCGAUUUUCAUGUCCCAAAUUCUUGCAGAAUACUACAUCUCAGGCUCAAAUGUCCUCCUUCCAACGCUCGUCAAAGAGCUUGAUCUUCCAGAAGCCUCGGCAAUAUGGCCGUCUACGGCAUUAUCGCUGGUCGUGACCUCGACGCUCCUCAUCUUCGGCAGAUUAACCGAUAUGUUCGGCGGAUAUAUAAUUUACAGCGGGGGAGCUAUUUGGCUCACGAUAUCCUCGAUCUUAUGCGGUGUCUCCCAGACAUGGCUGAUGUUGAUUAUUUGCCGAGCGUUGCAGGGCUUUGCUCUGGCCGCUUUUCUUCCAUCGGGAAUCAUGGUUCUUGGUAGCACCUACAGACCGGGACCUAGGAAGAAUAUCGUCUUCAGUAUCUAUGGCGCAUGUGCGGCGUUGGGCUUCUUCGUGGGAAUCUUCUUCUCCGGACUCUCCGGUGAAUAUCUCACCUGGAGAUGGUACUUCUUCUUCGGAGCGAUUCUGUCCGCUAUCACAUCGGCUCUGUCACUCUUCUCUAUUCCGCGCGAUUAUUCCGAGAAGCGAAAAUUGGGCAUCCAAAUGGAUUGGCCUGGUGCUUGUCUUUCUAUCCCGGCGGCUGUGCUCAUUGUUUUUGCCAUUGCGGAUAGUUCAUAUGCGGCACAAGGAUGGAGAACGCCAUAUAUCCCUCUGUUCCUCGUUCUUGGGCUCAUUCUCCUCGGAGUCAUGGUUUAUGUGGAAGGAUGGGUCGUGAAGAAUCCUCUAUUGCCUGGUGACGUUUUUCGAGUUAAGUAUAUGCUGCCUCUGGUCAUUGCUUUGCUAUUUCUUUAUGGCACAUUGGGCAUAUUUCUACUCUAUGCCGUUCUUUAUAUGUCUGAGAUAAUGGGUGCUUCGCCAAUGCAAAUCGUGGCAUGGGCUGCACCUAUGGGAGUUGGCGGUCUUAUUCUCUCAGUUGGAGGAGGAAUGAUCUUCCACAAAGUCCCAGGAACGAUAUUGAUGCUAAUAUCAUGUCUCGGCUACGUGGGUUCUGGAUUAUUUUUUGCCGUCAUCCCUCUUGGGGGAAAUUACUGGGCUUUCGUAUUCCCGGCCAUGAUAUGCGGCACAGUCGGCAUUGACAUCAGCUUCAAUCUUGCCAAUGUCUUUAUCACGACAAACCUUCCAAAAGCAAGACAAGGCUUAGCUGGUGCAUUGAUCAACUGCACUCUGCACAUGGGAAUCGCCGUGAUGCUUGGUUUCGCGGAUAUUGUUCAGACCCAGACUUCUGAGUUGGGUACUCGAGACAGCUACAAGGCUGUCUUUUGGUACCAAACUGGACUAGCGAUACUGGGGAUGCUUAUUGUCGCUUUUUUCGUGCGAAUCCGAGAGGCCAAGAGCGAGUUUACGCUUGAUGAAAGAGAAGCAAUGGCGGCAGAGGGAAAUGAAAGAGCUGUCGAGGUCUGA